GCAUAUCCAAGGGGCAAGGAAUGGAAAGCAGAACAUAGUGGAUUUCAGCUGACGUGAUACAUGUUGCCUAUGUCUCAUACUUCCAUGCAGGAAGUUCUAGCCCAGGAGGCAAUGGUCAGUGACUGGGACCAGAGAGAAUGGUCAAAAGGGAUCUGGCCAUCGGUCUGAUCUUCUUAACACAGACUACCGUUGGAAUCCUGGGCAAUUUCUCACUUCUUUGUCAUUAUAUCAUCCUUUCCUUCACUGAGUACAGGUGGAGGUCCACAGAUUUCAUUCAUAAGCACCUGAUUGUAGCCAACUUCUUAGCCCUACUCUGCAAAGGAGUCCCCCAGACCAUGGCAGCAUUUGGGCGGGAACAUUUCCUCAGUGACAUUGGAUGCAAACUUCUUGCCUUUCUUCACAGAGUGGGGAGGGGAGUGUCCAUUGGUAGCAUCUGCAUCUUGAGCGUCUACCAGGCCAUCACCAUCAGCCCUGGGAACUCCAGGUGGGCAGCGCUUAAAGUUAAAGCGCCCAAAUACAUUUCCCCCUCUAUUUUCCUGUGUUGGGUCCUGCAAAUGCUGGUGAAUAUCAUUUUCCCUAUGUACUUAACGAGCACACUGAGUGAUAAGAACAUCACAAACAAAAAGGAUUUUGGAUACUGUUCUUCGGUUCGUCAUGACAAAAUUAGAGACUCAUUGAAUGCAGUGUUGUUAUCAUUCCCCGAUGUGUUAUGUCUGGGGCUCAUGCUCUGGGCCAGCAGCUCCAUGGUUUUCCUUCUGUACAGGCACAAGCAGCAGGUCCAACAUAUUCGAAGAACCAAUGCUUCUUCUGCAUCCUCCCCAGAGUCCAGAGCCACCAAAACCAUCCUUCUCCUGGUGAGCAGCUUUGUCUGUUUUUACACCCUCUCCUCCAUCUUUCAAGUUGUUGUGGCUUUUUUUGAAAAUCCCAGCUGGAUCAUCAUGAAUGUCACUGCAAUUGUGUCUGUAUGUUUCCCAACUGUCAGCCCCUUUCUGCUCAUGAGCCAUGACUCCAGGGUACCCAGGCUGUGCUUUGCAUGGACAAGGAAUAUAAAAUCCCCUCAUCCAGGGCGCCUGGGUGGUUCAGUCCACUGAGCAUCUCACUCUUGAUUUUAGCUCAGGUCAUGACACCAGGGUCGUGGAAUCAGCAUGGAGCCUGCUUAAGACUCUCUCUCUUUCAAAUAAAAAUUCUGUCUCUCUCAAAUAAACUUAAACUUUUUUUUAAAUAAUAAAAUCCCCUCAUCUUAGGAGAAAUAUGUAAACUGUGUGUAUUUGUAUAACGUAGUUGCCAAUUAAUUCAACCCCUUCAGUGUUCUAAAUAACACUAUGAGUCAAAAGGGAAUGAUAAAUAGGACAUGCUGAGCA